AUGAUAACAUGCUUGACCAGCGGCUUUACUGCUGCCUACACAGAGAAACUAGUCUUCAAAGCAGCGGAGAGCCUUUGGGUGCGGAACAUGCAAUUGGCUUCAUGGUCCAUUUUCCUGCUGACGUUUGGUGCGUAUUUUUCGGAUGGAACGAAGGUCAUGGAGAAAGGGUUUUUUGUUGGCUGGAAUGUGCUAGUCUGUGUCGUGGUGGCCUUGCAAGCCCUUGGCGGAGUGAUCGUCGCUACAGUGGCAAAGUACGCCGACAAUGUGUCAAAAGGCUUCAGUUCGGCAGUGUCGCUGAUUUGCACAUGCGUCAUUUCAGGCUUCCUAUUCGACUGGAAGCCUUCUCCGGAGUUUGUACUAGGGGCAGGCUUAGUGUGCCUGGCUAUCUGUCUGUAUGCCCAGCGCAAGCCAAGCCCAACUACGAGCCCUUAUAUGCCUGUGAGCCAAGAGGAGCCUAAUGGAAACGUGCAGCCGCAGCAGAUCCCUGGAGCUGAGGAGGAUCCAGAACAACCCGUGAAAGAGGCAACACCAUGA